AUGCGGUCAGUGCUGAGGGGCUCAGGCCAGUCCAGGAAGCCUCGUGAGGAGGGAGUCUCCAAGGUGACUUCUCUUGGUCAGCUGGAAAUGACCUGGAGAAGCAGAGUUCACUUCCAUCCACUUCUUGUGAGAGUCCUGCACAAAUCUAGACUAAGGUACUACGGGAAACCAGAGAAAAGACUGGAUAUGCCUUAUCAGGCUUACUUUGAAGUUGCUGAUGGUUCAGGCAUGAUGUCAAUGGUCUUGUGGAAUUCAUUAUGUCCUGAAUGGUAUAACAGUAUGAAGGUUGGCACGGUACUUCUUCUUGAACAGUAUGCUAUCAAAACCAGUUAUCCAUUUAAAACACAGCCAACCCCAGGGGAUUCACAGAUGAAGAGAUUUGCUACGAUUGAAAUCAGCCUUAAUGUUCGAGACCCUCCUACUAAAAUAAGUAUUAUUCCAGAAGAAAUGGUUAAGCCAGAGUGGGGAUUACCUGAAGUUAAAUAUCGGUUUAUCACAAGGUCAGAACUGGAUGGCUUGCCAAACAAUCAUUCCUGUGAUGUUAUUGGUCUUGUGACAUUUGUAGGAAGGGCUGAACGAGCAAGAAAGAGAGAACAUGGUGAAGACUUCUGGCUCUAUCGUUGGGCACAUGCCAUUGAUGGGACCUCAGACCAACCAUUCAUACUGGAAAUAUUUGCAACUUCUCAGCCAGAUGUGUUCGAGCAUAUUCACCCAAUGACAUACUUGGUGUGUACACAGAUGAGAGUGGUACGGGACUUCACUGAGAAUCCUUCCAGCACAAUUUACCUUACGACUUCCAAUGAAAGUCAAAUAUUCAUUACAGGGUGGCACAAGGGCCAGCCAUACACCAAGGAUACCAAAGUGAAAAACUUCAUUCAGUGGACUAAAACACAAAGCGAAGCUGAUCAAAUGAAGAAAACUGUCAUUGGUGGCUAUUAUCCUUUUCCACGACCUCCGAAUAACUUUUUGAAAUACUGUAAAAACAAUAAAGGUAUCAUACCUGGAAUCGGUUUUGAAAGCCAUGAGAUUGAAGACUUGCAUUACAGAGAACACAAGCGCAUUGCUGUUCAGGGAAUAAUUAGUGCCAUAAGAUACAUCAGCUGUAGCAAUGCAGCUGAAGAAGCCUCAGGAGUGGAACUUGUUCAGAAAGAUACUUCUCAGUCUCUUGAAAGUUCUGCUAUGUCCAAAGAAGACUCUGUUCACAAGGGGAAAAACACCAAUCUUCAAAAUAAAGAAGUUAAGUCUUUUCUGGGGCCACAUUGCACUCCUGGGGACCACCACCAGAACCAAGCUCUACUGUCAAAAAAGAGUUCAGUCAAAAGAAAGAUCCCACGCAGAUUAAAUACAGAUGCAGAACAGGGAAGUGCAUCUGUUAUUCCUGUAUCAUCUUACCCCUAUUUCACACGGUCUGCAAGAAGAAAAUUGGGCUUGGAUGAAUUUCAACAUGAAGAUUUUGUGCAAGAGAAAAAUGGACAGGCUGUAUCAGACAGUUUACAGUACUGCACAGACCGAGAAGGAAUGAGUGAUAUACCUGAAACUGAAGAGACUAGAAGAACUGGUGAUUCAUGGCAGAGUGACCUGUGGGCACAAGUGAAAGACAAAUUAAUGAAAUAUUUACAUCACAGCACAAUUUUCCCAGAAAGCAUCCCACGUAAAUUUGAUUAUGUGCACAAAGACUUGCUUAUGCAACAGUAUAACCUUCAUGCAGCAGUGCACCAGCCAAAAGAAACCAGAACAGAUAAAAAUAUCAAUGAGUUUAAAAGUGCUAGUGGCCUUGGGUAUUACGAAGUGACAGUCCUGGGUAUAAACCACGAUGUAGCAAUAGAUGUUGCAUUUCUUCCACUGUUUUGUCCUGAAGAUCCCCACUUAUUUCAACCGGAAGACACUCAAAAUGAUGCAUUAUUGUCUUGUAUGAGUUGCAUCUCUGCAUGUCAGCAGAAGGCUACUAGCAAUGGAAGACUUCGUGACAUGUUUCCACUUUCAAAUGAAAUUGUAAAAGCAGCAAUGGAUCUAGACGGCAAACAUGUUGUCUGCAUCUUGGACAUCUGUCACCUGGGUGAUGAUAAGGUGGAAGUUUUUCUGAGCAAAAUCUACAAGACAGUGGAACCUGGUGUGCUGGAUCCAGUCACGAGCAACAGGUCUGUGUCCGAGCAGUGCGAAUGUGGCCUGUAUGGAUUAAAUUCUCCUCUGCUUAGUGCUCGGGGGCUUGUGGGCAUUCCUAAAUCUGCUAAUCUUCAAGCCUGCGACGCAAAUACCCAGUUCACCAUCACAGAACCACCGUGGAUAGCACUCAUUGAAAGAGGCAACUGCAGUUUUGCUGAAAAAAUUAAGGUGGCAGCCAGAAGGGGUGCAACAGCAGCUGUGAUCUACAAUGCGCUGGACAAAGGCAAGGACGCUGUCCUGAUGUCGCAUCUCGGUGAGUAUCACAGCGCGAAGCGCUGA